UGAGAGCAGGCUCUGAAAGGAGCAAGAAUGCCCAGGAUGUCCAACUGCCUGCCAAAACGGACCACGGUGCUGCUGAACUGCAGGCUUGGGGCUCUCUUUAUUCUCACCAUUUCAUUUGUGUUCUUUGCCUUUGUCAUGUUCUACUGGAGAGCUGGGGAGGAUGCUGAGGGCCAGUUCUACAGCUUGCCUACACAAAACAGGUGUGAACAGUUUUUGCCUUGCCUUCCUCAUCCCACUGCCGAUGGACCCGCUCCUUCCCCAGGGGAUGUGUUUUUUGUGGAGACCUCGGAGAGAAUUAGCCCAAGUUACCUGUUCACAUGCUCUGUGGAGUCAGCAGCCCGGGCGCACCCUGGGACAAGGGUCGUGGUGCUCAUGAAAGGUUUGGCAAACGGUGACGUCUCGUUACCCAACCACUGGGGCUUCUCGUUGCUGAGCUUCUUUCCCAAUGUGGAAAUCCGUCCACUGGACCUGUCAGAGCUUUUUUCUGGAACACCUCUGGCAAACUGGUACUUGCAGGCUCAGCAGCGCUGGGAGCCUUAUUUCUUACCCGUCCUGUCUGAUGCCUGCAGAAUUGUCAUCAUGUGGAAAUUCGGUGGCAUCUACCUGGACACAGACUUCAUUGUGCUUAAGAACUUAAAGAACCUCACCAAUGCCCUCGGUAUCCAGUCCCAUGAUAUGCUGAAUGGGGCCUUUCUGUCCUUUAAACCCAAACAUGAGUUCAUGGAGCUUUGCAUGAAGGACUUUGUGGAGAACUACAACAGCUGGACCUGGGGGCACCAGGGUCCACUGCUCUUAACGCGUGUCUUCAAGAAGUGGUGCUCCAUCACUAAUAUCCAGAAUGCUAUGAGCUGCAAAGGAGUGAGUGCUCUUUCCUCAGAAGCCUUUUAUCCUAUUCACUGGGGUGAAUGGCAGAAGUUAUUUGAAGCAAUCAGCUCCUUGGACCUUCAAAAGCUCCUUAAGAACACCUACGCGGUGCACGUAUGGAACAAACUGAGCCAUGGGACAAGGCUACAGGUCACAUCCCAGGCUUUGCUGGCUCAGCUGCAUUCUCAGUUCUGCCCUGCUACAUAUGUGAAGAUGAAGAGGGACUCUGAAGAGGAGUCAAGGCCUGCAACGUGA